CAAUGUGUGAGAUUCUCUCCACUGUCUGACAGAUUUCUUCUCCUCACGUCUCCUCUUUCUUCUCUCCACCCCUCAGCACCACAGAGGCAGGCUUUGGAUCAGUUCACAGCUAAUCUAAAUACUGUAGAAGCCAAAGCCUGCAGCUCUGUGUUCAGGUCAGCUUUAGAACAGUUUACCUGGAGAAAGUUGUGUUUUAGUCCAGUGAAGUUUUCAGGUUUGGAAGUCACCAUGGUUGACAGCAUGGACAUGGAGAAGCAACAGAAGCGUUACUGCAUCCGCACUAAGCAUGUAGUCAUCAUCUGUGUGAUGCUGGUGGUGUGCUCUUUGGCAGUGGGCCUCGGGGUGGGCCUCUCCAGGUCAGACACCACCACCACCACACCAGCUCCCACAGCAGAGCCUACCCAGCCCCCUUCGCCUGGCAGGGGGCCCUGCACGCCUUCCACUGACUCCAGCGGGGAUUGGAAGAAUUUCCGUCUGCCCAACUACGUGAACCCAGUCCACUAUGACCUGCACCUGGCACCGGACCUGGACGACGACACCUACACAGGCACCGUGGACGUCCACGUGGAAGUCAGCAAGCCUACCCGCCACCUGUGGCUGCACAUUAGGGAGACGUUUGUCAGUGCCAUGCCCAGACUGACAAUGCUGAACAGCCAGGUGGACCAGAGGGAGGUGGCAGUCAAGAGUUGUUUUGAAUACAAACCUCAGCAGUAUGUGGUGGUGGAGGCCACAGAGGAGCUGCCCGUUACCGGCCCAGGAGAGGUGUACGUGCUCAGCCUGGACUUCCAGGGCUGGCUCAAUGGCUCUGUGGUGGGAUUCUACAGGGUCAUCUACACCGAGGAGAGGAAAACCAAAAAGAUUGCUGCGACUGAUCAUGAGCCAACAGAUGCUCGCAAGUCCUUUCCCUGCUUCGAUGAACCCAACAAGAAGGCCACCUACAAAAUCUCCAUCACUCAUGAUGCUAACUUUGAAGCUCUGUCCAACAUGCCACCUGAGAGCCCCCCUCAACAACUGCCUGGCAAUAAAGUGAAGACCUCCUUCCAGAAGUCCAUUCCAAUGAGUACCUAUUUGGUAUGUUUUGCUGUGCACCAGUUUGGCCAUGUGGAAAGAACUUCCGCCCGAGGAAUUCCUUUGAGAAUCUACGCCCAACCAAGUCAGUUAGGAACUGCAAUAUACGCAGCCAACACAACCAAGAUCAUCUUUGACUACUUUGAGGAAUAUUUCAACAUGACAUACUCCAUCUCAAAACUGGAUAAGAUAGCCAUUCCUGACUUUGGUACUGGUGCUAUGGAGAACUGGGGCCUCAUCACCUACCGGGAGACCAACCUGCUGUAUGAUGAGAACGAGUCGUCCUCCUACAACAAGCAGCGAGUAGCCAGUGUUAUCGCCCACGAGCUGGUUCAUCAGUGGUUUGGGAACAUUGUGACUAUGGAUUGGUGGGAUGACCUCUGGCUUAAUGAGGGCUUUGCCAGUUUCUUUGAGUACAUUGGUGUGGAGAAAGCUGAACCAAGCUGGGGCAUGCGAGACAUCAUGAUCAUCAGUGAUGUGCUUCCUGUCAUGGUGGACGACGCCCUCCUCUCCUCUCACCCUAUCAUUGUGGCUGUGUCGACCCCAGCAGAGAUCACCUCUGUGUUUGAUGCCAUCUCAUACAGCAAGGGAGCGUCCAUUCUCAGAAUGCUGGAGGACUGGAUGGGUAAAGACAUGUUCAGAGACGGCUGUCGGACAUAUUUGAAAGACUACUACCUCAAAAACGCCAAAACGGCCAACUUCUGGGCAUCUCUCGCCAGUGUGAGUGGGUUGCCGGUUGCAGAGGUAAUGGAUACAUGGACCAAACAGAUGGGUUAUCCUGUGCUAGAUCUGUCUGUCUCAGAGACGAAUGCCAAACUGAGCCAAAAGCGUUUCCUCCUGGAUCCUGAAGCUGAUGCCAGCCAGCCUCCUUCACCUCUUUGGUACAACUGGACAAUUCCAGUCAAAUGGCAAUCUGUGAAAAGCAACAAGAAUAUGUUAGCGAUGUUUGACAAGUCCAGCAAAGAGCAUGUCAUCAGUAACUACUCGCCCUCAGUGGAUGGGCUGCUGAAGGUUAACAAUGAUCACAUUGGAUUCUACAGAGUCAACCAUGACAACCACAUGUGGAACGCUAUCAGUCAACAGCUUCAAAAUAACCACUCGGAGUUUGAUGCAGCUGAUCGAACAAGCUACAUUGAUGAUGUUUUUGCUCUUGCAAGGGCAGACAUUAUAGAUUAUGGUAAUGCCUUCAACCUUACCAAGUACCUGACAAAUGAGACUGACUACAUAGUCUGGGACCGUGUGGCCUCCUCUAUCGCCUAUGUUCGGGACAUGCUGUCAGGCAAUGCUGCACUCUACCCAAAGUUUCAGAAACUGUUUCAUGACCAUGUUAAAGCAAUCUCAACACAACUUGGAUGGAAAGAUGAAGGGACACAGACACAGAGGUUACUGAGGGAGACUGUGCUCAGCAUCGCUUGUCAGAUGGGAAAUGAGGAGGCUCUGAAUGAAGCCUCUCACAUUUUUGACUCGUGGAUUAAUGGAAGCAGUGUAGCAGUGAACCUGAGGCUGCUGGUCUAUCGAUAUGGCAUGAAGAGCUCAAGCACCGAAGCAAAGUGGAGCAUAAUGUUCCAGAGGUACAAAGAUACUGCUUUGGCUCAAGAGAAGGACAAGCUGCUGUAUGGACUGGCAUCUGUGGAGAACAUGGCACUCCUCUACAAGCUCCUGGAGGCUACUAAAGAUGAGAGUGUGGUGAGGAGUCAGGAUCUGUUCACUGUGGUGCGAUAUGUGUCCUAUAACCCACUGGGACAGAGCAUGGCCUGGGACUGGACCACACUCAACUGGGACUACCUGGUCAACAGGUACACCAUCAAUGACAGGAACCUUGGUCGCCUACUGAAUCGAAUCACCACCACCUACAACACAGAGCACCAGCUAUGGAAGAUGAAGCAUUUCUUCAGUCUAACACCAAAUUCUGGUGCUGGGGAGAUACCCCGACAGCAGGCGCUGGAGACAGUGAGGAACAACAUCGAAUGGAUCAGGAGGAACGAGGAAGAGAUCCGUGGGUGGCUGGAGAACAACGUCGCCUAAAAUAGCACCACCGCAAAACAUACAGGGUGUGGUUGGAUUGAGUUUAGGUUCUUUCUGAAGGGCCUAAGCAGGGGGCUGUUGAUCUAUAUCAAUAUUAGAAAACAGAAAAUCAAAACAAAUACCCAAAUUCUUACUUAUAAGCCCUUCAAAUUGUACACAUAAUCUGAUCUCUUAAAGAUCCACUCCAGAUAUGUAUUAAAACAAAUAUACAAAUAGUCUGCUUGGAACAAUAAUUAAAUUCAAACUUUAUUUCAGACUCAGGUCCAGAUAAAAGACAAAAACAUUGCAUAUAAUAAAUUACAUACAACAGCACAAUAAAAGAUCAUGAUUUAAAAAGAAUAUAAAUACAUGAAUGUUUUACAAAGAGACAGCUGUACCAAUGUCUCCACAGCUGGGAUUGGUAGCAUGUAGUACUGAACUUUGAAAAUGAAAUCAUCUUGGUUUUAUCAAACAGUCAUUAAGCUGGCAAAUAAAUGUAUACAUGAGAUUUCUUA